AUGUCUGCUGCAUUCGAACGUCAGAUUCGCCCAAUCUAUGAGGCUCUUGAUAAUGGGUCCAACAAAUCUGCUAUACUAGCAUGCAAUAAGCUUCUCAAGAAGCAUCCAAAGAAUGACCUGAUUAAGGCCUUGAAAGCUCUCGCGCUGGUCCGCUCGCAAAAGGUCGAAGAAUCACUCGUCCUUUGUGAUGAGGUUCUAGCAACCCGGCCCAUCGAUGAAUCGACUUUGUCUGCCAUGAUGCAUGUACUUCGGAGCCUUGGUCGACAUACCGACAUGGUUACAAUGUAUGAAGAUGCAUUCAAACAGCAGCCUGGAAAUGAGGAGCUGGGCUCUCAGACGUUUAUGGCAAACGUCCGCAUCGGGAACUGGAAAGCGGCACAGCAGAUUGCGACAAAACUGCACAAGCAAUUUCAAAAUGAGCAAUACUUAUAUUGGAGUAUCAUGAGCGCGGUACUCCAGGCAAAUGAUCCAACUACUCCAGCAAACUUCCGGUCUGUUCUUUACAAACUCGCCCACCGACUAAUUUCGACGACUUCCGCUUUGUCUUACUACAAUGCGGAUCGCUUCUAUUUGCAUCUGGUUAUACUUCGGGAGCUGGCGCUGUAUGACGAAGCACACGAGUUGCUGGAGACCGAUGUAGGGAAGAAGAUUUGCGCGUCGAAUCUAGCAUGCGACGAUUUGCGUCGCGAUGUCUGGAGGCUCAAGGGAUUGUACAAGGAGGAGGGCAUACGAGCGCGACAGCGAAUCGAGGAGGCAAAAGACAGGAAUUGGUUGGAGUUUACAGCUGUGCUGAACGUCACGUUUGGCGAGGAGAAUUUGGAUCCCGAUACCUCUCGAACGGCUCUUGAAGAGAAAGUCUCUCUUGCGCGAGAUUUCUUCGUGCAAGUAGCUGAAGACGACGGUAGGAAGGAUCGUUCAGGGCUUCUGGCUUUGCUGGAGCUUGAAAAACGCGCUAGGGCGCACGGCGUAUCCAAAGAUCCUGGGGAGUUAUUCAUGCUACUAGAAAAGUAUUACCAUCGAUUCGGAGAUAAGCUCGCUUGCUUUGAAGACCUAAGACCAUAUAUCCAGCUAGAGGAAUCAGAAUUGUCUGUGUGGUCAUCUUUCCUUGAAUCUCAGUCUACGAGUUCUAAUACGAUAGACGAUCUUCUCCGAUUUGUGAACGCUCAAAAACUUUUGCGCCACAACCUCCCAGAAUCCGAUGUUACGGCAGAAAAAGAGGCAGCCGGUGCUGUAUACUACCUCCGUGCAUACCUAGAUGCUUCAAAAUUCGGAACAGACCUCCCAGACACAGAGCUUCAUCCAGCAAAUGACUUAGCUCUCUUGUCAGGUCAAGCGUUUGUGGGUGCCUGGAAAGCUAGCGAUGAUGCUACGUAUUUAUAUCAUGCUGCUGCCGUACUGGAGUACGCAUUGAUACAGAGCAAACACUCGUAUCAACUACGAUUGCUUCUCAUUCGGAUUUACCGGUUGCUAGGUGCACCAUCUCUGGCAUUGGAACAUUAUCGAGCAAUGAAUAUCAAGCAGGUCCAGACGGACACUCUGUCGCAUCUCAUUCUGACGCGCGCAUCAACAUUCUCUUUGUCCUCCAUGGGGGACUUGACAUACUCUUCCGAGUGUCUCGAGUCAAGCCAGAUUUACAUGAAUAACUCACAGGAGACAGCUGAGUUUACUGUGCGGGCUUUCGGUACCGAGAAAUAUACACAGAUACCUGAAUUCAUUGCCUUUGAGGAAAGACUAGACAACUCGCUACAACGAGACCUGACCAAGGUCGAACACGUCAGAAUGCGUAUCGUCCAUGAAGCCCUCGUCUCUGAUCUGAUCGACAUGGAACUCAUCGAAUUAAAGUUUAUCUUCGAUCGCUUUCAUCAUGAUAAUCGGGAUUUUGAUGUCAUCCCCAAUUAUCAGCCGCGUUGUGGACAGUCAUUUGACGAACAAACCGCUUUGUUUGGACAGCGACCAGGGCCAGGUUGGCUUUCAAUUUUCCUCAAGAUCUAUAUCCGAGCGUUCCAGGCUGCGAGUGACCUUGAUGAUACUGUUGAGGAUAAAUUGCUCAUCGGAGACCGGCCCAAACCGAGCCUGGAUCCUGACACUCGGUUACCACUGAAGGAGCGAUUAGCCAAGAGAACUCAAGACGAACUAGAUGAGCUAACAGCUGAUGAGCUCGCUUUCCUCGAAUUUGGCACAGCUCUCGCGGAUUGGUUGGCGCCAUACCAUGACUACGUCAGACCACCGGCGUCGGCUGUUCUUGCAGAGGCUGCCAAGCAAACAGAACUGAAGACGGGCCACCCGCUGAAGGGACUGGACCUUCCGCCCAAGAAUGGUAGCACAACCAAUGGACAUAUCAAGAAGGAAGAGGAUCCUCCCGCAGCGAGUGAACCUCCAGAGGUUGUUGUUCAGUUCUUUGACAUUCUGCUGACCGUUGAGACCGUUCGAUUCAAGCCAGCGUCUGUGGUGAAGAUGCACAAGCUUGGAACCAUGGCCCAAAGUUUCAAGGAUAUUCGUGCUAAGGCGUCCGCAUCACUGAAUGAGAUAUCGGAAGUCCUCGUUCGAUUAGGCGAAGAAGGUGCUACAGUCGAGAGCCGUAAGGCCUUCGUUGAGGCCUGCCAGCCCGUGUGGGGUCCGUCUCUGUUGGAUCAUGACUUCGUGUCUACGAUAUCCAAGAAAGUCACAGAUGCUCGAAAACAGAUCCUGGAGGGUGUUGGGAAAGGCAUUCUCCGCACUCAUCACCGCUCUAAACAUGCUGCUCGUUACAUUCCUUCUUUCGAGUGUGACAAUGUUCCUGUGACUCCUGUCAUGCGUGUGGCGACUCACGCGUUCUGUCACGCGUCGCGUCGCGACGCGACUUUGACUAUCCAUACCAUCCCCUACACCAAAGCCAACCAUCGAGCAUCCCCAAGGUUAAAAAUGAGCCAAUACGGUGAAUACGGUGGCAACCCAUACUAUCAGAACGGAGGCGGAGGCGGAGGCGGAGGCGGUGGCGGAUAUUUGACCGGAGGUUCACCUUUCGGCAGUACAAGUGGCAGUCCUGGUGGCCAGUUUCGUCGAGGCGCUGCAUUGCAUUCACUUCGGCCCGUUACGAUCAAACAACUUAUUGAUGCCACACAACCACACUCAGACGCUGAGUGGAUGAUUGAAGAUGCUGAGAUUGGACAGAUUACUAUCGUCGCUCAAGUCAUUUCCAUACAAAGCCAGACGACUAAUUGCGUAUAUUGGCUCGAUGACGGGACGGGGAGAAUGGAAGCGCGACACUGGGUUGAUGCACAAGAAGAAGACCAGGACAGAUGGGCGGGAGUUGCCGAGGGCAAAUAUGUCCGUGUAAUGGGUAGCGUGAAAACGUUUGGAAAUAAGAGAUAUAUCAACGCACAACACCUCCGUGCUGCAAGCGAUCCGCAUGAAUUGUAUUUUCACUUGCUGGAGGCCAUGACAGUUACCACUGUUAUGAUCAAAGGACCGAUUCCACGGCCAAGUGAGGCUGGAAUGGCGCCGCGAGGAGCCAUGGCUAAUGGCCAGACAAGUACAUCUGCGUACGCUGCACAGUCUCACGUGUCGGCAAGCAAUAGUCAAUACGCUCAUCUACCGGACACGCAACGCAAAAUUGUCGAAUUCCUCUUGUCGCAGCCUACAAGCGAGGACGGCAUACAUGUCGCCGCGAUCGCACGAGCCAUUGGCGGGCAGGCCCGUGAUAUUAGUGAGGCCCUUGAUCGACUCAUGGACGAGGGACAUCCCGAAGGCAACAAUGAUCAGUUCCGCGGUCCAGUAAUUGUGGCAAUUCGGUUGAAUUUGACGGCAUUCAUUAGGGUCUAG